AUGAUUGCUCCCCUUUCGGUUGUCUACGACGGUGUCAGAAAGCCUGAGAUUGACCUUGUCUCAAUUCCGGGCCUUCCAACUAUCCAUCCUACGUACAAGUUGAAAGACCACACGAAAUGGCUUCGGGAAGUACUGAGCCAUCAGGUGCCCCAAGCGCGAAUCAUGGCAUUUCAGUAUGAUUUUGCAAAGGAUUCAAUGGAAGUCUCCUGGGCGGAACUAUUUCGAAAUGUUGAAUACCUACUAUACAGUUUGGUACAUCGGCGCGAGGGCACAGAAGACCGGCCUGUCUUAUUCAUCUGCUACAGCUUUGGGGCAAUCAUCCUCAAGAAGGCUUUGUUGAUCGCAAAGAAAACCCCGAUAUUCCGAAACAUUCUCGACAAGACCAGGGGUAUCAUAUUCCUUGGCUGUCUGAACGAUGAAUCAAAUCCACAAAUCGAGGAGCUAUGUCUUAAAUGCGCUGCGGUGGAGCUAGGAGUGAUCAUGAAGAACAAGAUGAUCGACACCCUGCGAAAAACGGACGAUUGGACAAUAAUUCGAGACGUGAUAGAGAGCUUCCGCGUUUUGAGAUGCCGGUUCCCGGUACGCAACCUCUACGAACUCAGGCCGACUAACAUUAUGAGCCGUACACUCGGAGUCAAGAAAGUAAAGCGAGAAAUGCUAUGCGAUUUACGGGUAUCGUCCUUAGGUUGGUCUGAUGAGGAUUGCGUGGGCAUUGAAAAGGAUCAUGGGGAACUCACAAUGUAUCCACUCAGAAGCGAUGAAGAUGGAUAUUUCGAGACAUUUAUGCGCACACUCACGAGAAUGAUCGAUGAGAUUGUCCCAAGGCCAACGCAACAAGCAUGGGAAAGAAAUGAUCCCGACGACGACCAAAACUGGCUUGUGAUGGAAGGAACUUCUAGCAACCGGUCUGCGAAUCUGGAGGCUGAUAUCACAAAGUCGAUGUUGUCGUAUAACGACUCAGCUUCAUUUCACACAUCACAUGGUACUCAUAUACCAUGUUAUGUCAUGACCCCGUUUGAAGAUAAUCCCAAUUUCGUUGGAAGAGAAAAAACUCUCACUGCCAUACACGAUGCCUUGGCCCCAGGUAGUCCUAGCGUCGGACAAAGGGUAUUCGCACUUACAGGCUUAGGCGGAAUGGGGAAAACCCAGACAGCAGUACGUUAUGCCUUUUCACAGAUGGAAGUGACCUACAAGAUUGUGCUAUGGGCACACGCAGACGGGCAGUCCAAACUUUCAGAGAGCUUCUCUCUUUUCGCUUCCGAGCUGGGUCUGGGAGAUGGAUUGACCCACGCAAAAGCCAAGCAAGCGGUCAAAGACUACCUCGCGAUUGUCGAUGUGGACUGGCUCAUGAUUUUUGACAAUGCUGAUGGUGAUGAUAAGACGGAACUGCUAGCAGAAUUUUGGCCCCGAGGUGACAAAGGGUCUAUACUAAUCACUAGCCGCGACAAAACUUUGACAAAUCGGUACCAUGGGAGAUUCUUAAAGGAGCUUCAUUCAAAAAACGCCGUGGAUCUUCUGCUGAAACUCACUGGAAUGCCCACCACUACCACAGAAGAGAGACUUGCAGCCCGCGAAAUUGUCAAGAGAGUAGGCUUCCUACCACUAGGAAUAAACCAGGCUGCAAAUUUGAUCAUAAAUCUCUCAUGCACUUUCUCCGAAUUCCUUGGAGCAUACGACUUGCAAGAGCUCAUUGAAGACUCGUCUGAUGUCCAGCUCAUAUCGGGGGGUUCUUACAAGUACUCGCUUCGAACGGUUUGGAACAUGAACUUCGAGAAGCUUAGUAGUGCGGACCAAGCUCUGCUGAAGAUGAUCUCGUUUCUUGACCCCGAUCGCAUUCAAAUGAAGUUGCUCCUGGAAGGAGGAGCAGAGAGCGCGAAUCCAAACCUGCACUUCAUUAAUACUUCUUACAAAGUGACCAAAUGCCGGGCAGGGCUUUUGCGCAGCUCUCUGAUCUCGCAAAAUGAACGAAAAGAUGAGCUUCAGAUGCAUCGUCUCGUACAAGCAUACUGCCAACUCAAAGUGUCACCAGAAGAAGCACAACAAAGUUUUGGCAAUGCAAUCUCGCUCGUGAAACAAGUCUGGCCAGUCCCGCCUCGAUCAGAGGUGCAUAAUCCAUCUUUAUGGGAGAGACAAAGAGCUCUUCUGCCACAUGUUCAAAAGUUAUACGUCGUGAAUUGGGACUUUCCUUCCGUGGUAUACGAGGCAAGCUGGUUCUGCUACGAGAGUGGGAUGCUAGAGUCUGUUUCAGACUUGCUGAAUCCCGCGAAGGAUUACUGUAUCCAACAUUUGGCUUCUGGAAGGGGUUAUCGCCUGUUGGCAGAUAUAUAUGGGUGCUUCGGAUCUCUAUGCACAGAGUCAAACCAAUUUCAAGGCGCCUACGAUAACUUCGCCACUGAAUGGAAAUAUCUCGAGAAAGCUUUCGAAGCAGGGGAGCUUGAAAGACCAAGUAUUUGGGAAGUCUUUGGUUUAGGGAGGCUUGGAAACGGGCACCAUGGGCUGCAUCAAUAUGCAGAAGCAGAAGCAUACUAUCGAAAGGCAUUGGCCGCCUGGGAAAAUCUUCCAGGUGAUAAGAAGCUCUGGCACAGUCAUCUUGCAACGUGUUUGUGGUUACAAGGUCGCCCAGAUGAAGGAGAGGUAGUCGUGCGAGGAGUCAUCAAAGACGAAAAUGACACAACCAAUUUCAGAACUGCAAUGGCAAUGUAUGCACUAGGCAAUAUUCAAAUUGCCCAAGCUACAGGUUUGACACUCGAAGGAAAGAAAAAGGACGCCGAAGAUAAGCUAGCUGAGGCAAUGAAUACCCAUGUCAAAGUACUCAAUUUGUGGACGAAGACAUUGGGACCAAGACACCACAAGACCUCGGAUGCAAUGUACAAGGUCGGCUGGCAUUUGCACAGACGCCAGGAAUAUGCCCAGGCAUUGGACAUGUUCGAGAGAGCGUUGGAUAUCUAUGAAAGUCAGCCGCAUCUAUACAAAAACGAAAUUGCCCGAACGAAAUACAAGAUAGGCUGCCUGAAGCAGGAUACACAGCAUCAUAGUGACGGUGCAGCUUUGAUCCGCGAAGCGGACCGAAUCAGACAGCAGAUAGUGCCGCCAGAAGACUGGGAGCCUGCGAAGUGCGAGGAGGACUUUGACAAUAUAGUCCAGUUCUGGACACGAUAA